AUGUCGCGUUCAGCUCGACGUCCAUUAUGUCAGAUCUGCUCUUCCAACGAGUCCAAGUACACAUGCUCUGGGUGCCACGUUAUGUACUGCUCGGUCCCUUGUUAUAAGGAACAUAAAGGUGCCUAUUCUCGGCUUUGCUUCCUACCGAAUUCAAAAGUCAUAUCUACAGAUGUCGAAGAACCGAAGCUGCUGCGCUCACUGGCAUCCCUUAAUUGGCCUUACGUCCCAGAACGAAGUGCAUAUCCCGACCCGUUGCAAAGAGAUGACCCCAAGCCUCUUCAAUUGCACCAAUAUGAAGCUAUAGCCAUGUCUCCGAAGAUUCGCAAAGUGCUAUCAGAUCACCCAAAUCUCCCUGUCCUCCUGACAUCGAUCGACAACCUCCGCGGCGGAAAUCGUGACCUUGCCCUACAGCGUGCUCUCGGCGUUAUGGACCCUCAGUUUGUUGACCGAACACGCCCAGUACAAUUAGAAGAGGACGUCCUCGCUUUAAGGGCUCUCGCAGAAGCCGUGGAAGACGCGGUUAGAGGGGAAAAGAAAGAUGCACUAGGCCUCAACUGGGGGGACGACUGAUCCUCUAUGGCGACAUAUCCACUAUAUUCAUUCUUGUAUGGAAGAGUUCGGCUAUCUCUUCAACGCUGUCGUACAAUCUCCUCAGUGGCCAUAGGAAGGGACCCGGCUUAUGGACCGUCAAGCCCUUAGUCUGGAAGGAUAUGUUAGGAUAUAUAUAGACUUGCAUAUAACGAAUAACACAAUUAUUCGUGCUUGACCCUUUACGUCUAACUCUAUCGUCAUUAGAAAUGGAGUAUACGCACCUCAGGAGUCCUCAAUUUCCCAACCUCGGGAAAGUGAAGACCGCCUGUAUGCCUAUCCGUUUUUCCAACCCUUGAUGAAACGAAAUUCGUCCUUCAUCUUUGAAUCGUGUCUGAAGGGGAGAUCUCUCGGAGAUUACAGAAGAUCUGUGCACUAAGAUGACGUUUCGUUAUAUGAUGUACUUCCGUAGAUUUGAG